AAAAAAUUUUGCGGGAAAAGGUGCGUCAGCUUCGGGAAUGUUCUGUCGCCAUUUCCGGUGAAAUGAACAUCUUCCGGAAGUCGAAGUCGCAAUUUCCGAAUUCGAGACAACAUUUAGUUGAUUCUAAACAGACAUCAAGAAUAUUUCGAGUCGCUUUGCUGUUUAAAUACCUUACGGCACCGUCCAAUUCAAAACAGAACUAAGCUAGCAUUUGUCCAUACAUCUGUGGCCAAAAGUCGACGAAAUCUAUGUUUUUGUCAACAAUAUAUUGGUGAGCGGUUUUGAAAGUACUUUCGGUCUCAAAGAGGCAGUGUUUACUGUCUUAUUGCUGCUUUGCCAACUUGGGUAGGAGAAUAGAAGAAAGGAAAGCCAAAUUCCCAUGGUUCACAAAGAUUUAAAGUGGUUUUGUCUACGAAUGACCUAAUAUUGAUUCAUAUGGCAUAUUAAGGCAACUAGUCGCCGAAUAAUUUGAAAGUUGACUAUUUCUUAAAAUUUAAAACAGCCUUCCUCAAGUUGUUUUUAUAAACUAGGACUAUGAGUGUUGUCACGGAAUUCGUAUCGGCUUUAAAAGGCCACAAAUGGCAGAUAUCGUGUCUGGAAUUUAAAUCGACCGACAGUACGGUUUAUUUAGCUUCUGGUUCGUGGGACAAGACCGCCAGGAUUUGGGAUUUAAGCGAAUGCGAUGCUUGUACAAGGCUCAAAGGCACACACGAAGGUGCUGUUACAAGUUUAGCGUGGUGUAAAAGAACUUGCGACGAUUUUAAUAUACUCGCUACAACGUCUGCGGAUAAAACGGCUUGUUUAUGGAACAGUAAAACAGGGAAAAGUUUAGCAAAACUAAACGGGCAUGAUGCAUGGGUGCUCGACUGUUCAUUCUCGGCCGACAGCCGCACGUUGGCGACAGCCAGUUGGGAUUCAAAUAUUAAACUUUGGGAUGUCGAGACGAAGAAGUGCGUGAGAUCUUUAGAAGAUCACGAAAGUGGGGUUUGGACGUGUAAAUAUCAUACGGAGAAUCCGAAUAUAAUUUGUUCGGGCUCAGAAGAUGGGUCCUUGAGAGUGUGGGAUGCAAGGGCAACCACAUCGAAGUUUUUUGGUGGCCAUGAUGACAGCAUAAAAGCUUGUUCUUGGUCACCAAACGGUGGGGAUUAUUUGGUGUCCGGAUCUUCUGAUUCAACGGUAAAUUGUUACAAAAUAAUUAAAGAUAAUUAAAAUAUCGUUCGGUAUUCAUGUUAGGGCAUAUCUUCUAAUAAUUUAACCAAUCCUGCUGCGAGUUUGUGGUCUUAAUUUCAGACUGUUUUGGUUUCGUGUGGUUUCUUAAAUUUAUAUGCUUCAUUUAACAUUCUAAUGGCUUUCCUAAGCGAUUUCAUUGAAUAGUCUCUGAAAUUUGUUUUAUUUUGGUCUAAUAUCACAAUAUCAAUUACUAGGCGGUACAUAACUCGGCAUAAGCAAUUGAGAACAAAAUUUAUAUGUAACUCACGAAUCAUUUUAAUUCGUUUGUACUGUACAAAGAUAUUAUGUCAUAUAAUUACUAAAACCAUUUGAAGAAUUAGUUAAAAUUGUUCAUAUUUUAGAUGUUCGGGUCAAUAUUAUUUGUUACAAAAUGUGGCAACCCAUAUUACUUUCACUACCAGAAAUUAAUGUUGAUUUUAUAUGUAAUACUAUAUACGUGUAUUUGGCAAUUGGCAUAUGUGUGUUUUGCAAUGAUAUUAUAAAUGCUAUGUUCUGCUGCUUUCUUCUAUUGAUAGAAGCUUUAAGCUUGCGAUCUUUAGCUUAUGCUUUUUACAGGAAUCGUUCCAGGCUGUUCUUUUCCAAUCAUUUAAAUGGUGCGUAAACAAUUUUUUGCAAAUGCGGCAUUAAAGGCCAUUAAACAGCAAGGUUCCUGCCACCUGCAAAUAGUUGACGUUUAUCAAAUGUUUUGAAACGUGCUUUUAAGUCUCACGGAUAAAUAUGUUACCAGCUGCCUUUUAUAGCAUUUGAAACUUCCUUUUUGCCAGUGUUUCAAUGCAUUUCAAUACAAGCGCAUUAUUUUGGAAUGUGAACUGAUUGUUUCAAACCUGUAAAAACAAUAAUACAUUUAAACCCUAUUUACAUACAUGUAUUGUAGGGUUCGUAUGGUUUUAAUUAAUAACAAAAACAAUGUAGUUAUGUCUUUUGACAGUAAUACUUUCCAAAAACGUUUGCUGUUUUUGGUCAAUGGAUAUUUGAUACUAUGGUAACAAUCUCGGUAACAGUUUUACUAAACCUUUUACCCUAAUAACUGCUCUUCUAUGAAACAUCGAAUUGUUUUCAAAAUUUACUUAGUUCACUAAGAUAAACAAGAAUUUAUUAAUUUAAGACAUAUUUCGAAUAUUUUGCUACCUUGAAAUUAUUGAUAAUUGGUAUUUACAAUAAAAAUACCAAAUAUGUUAUAAUUACCGCACACUGUUGUAAAAAACAAAGGUGGUAUAUUAAUUAUAAAGCCUUUCUAAAUUAAGGGACUUACGUUUCUAAGGAACAACCAGGUAUAACUCCGCCAAGUAUUUGACCCUUGAAAAACAGGAUGUGGAAAGGGUAUUGAUGCUGAGUGAUUGCCAAAUGUGGAAUGAUGGAUAGCAUUAUUAUAAAGGAGUUGAAAAUGAUUGAAUGAGUUUUAUAAGUGUUUGAGGGGGUUGCACAUCCACCUUGCUUAAAGUCCUCAUUGUUGAGUACUGAACUCUUGGCUUUUUUUGCCAUAUUGAGUAUUAAGACUAGGAACUGAAUUUAAUCAUUGAAUGGGAAGUGUUGAAGGUCUGCUGUGCCGUACUUUUAAUAGUAUUUUCUCUGUCUAAUGCCAGAUGAUUAAAUAACUCCUCAAGAGGAGAGUGCUGCCACCCAAUAGAUUAAUCAGAUUGCACCCUGUUAACCUUUUAGUUAAGUGGCAAUGCACCCUGAUGUGCCCUAAUGCAACAUGUCUAAUGCCAGACGAUUUUACUCGUCAAGGGGAGGGGUGGGGCACUCAAUUAGAUAAUCAUUGACCAGUUUGGGAGCAGUAGCUAACAAUUUAUGAGGCCCACCAAGGGGUUAUGACAGACAGGUGACAUUCCUUAAAAAGAGGCGACAGACUAUCUAAAAAAGAGCGACAAACAACAUCUUCUGACUUGGAAAAAGCGACAAAUUGCGAUUUGUGUUAUGGGUCAAAAGUGACAGCGACAUUUAUUACAAUAAAACAAGCGACAAAGCAGCUACAAAAUGAGUGACAAAGCGACCUGGGUUACACCCUUGGUGGGCCUCAUUUAUUUGGGUUUUGUUGUAAUUGCAUUUUGUCUGUGAUUUCUGUAUUAACUAUGCCAUUAUUAAAAACAGAAUAACAUGCCAUAUUGUCAGUGAGAAAUGCCUCGACAUCAAGUAGAUGUCAAAAACCAUGACCCUACCACCACCACCCAGGCUGACUGUAUUUUUUCCAUACAGGUAAUCUUGUGGGAUUUCCGUCAAAAAGUCGCUCUCACAAAAUGUUGUGGCCACGAGGCUCCUGUUUCGGAUGUGAAAUUCUAUCCUCUUGUUGGCAAAAAGAGAUACCCUUUGUUGCUAUCAAGUGGUGAUUAUUCUGUCAGAAUGUGGCAUCCGCUGGCUAGUUCGAAAGAACUUCUCAAGCUUAAGCAGCAUACCUUCGGAAAUGAGGUGAGUUUGGAUAGAUUACAUUGCGGACGUUUGAUUCUUUAAGGUAGCCAGAAAUUCACAGGUUGGCAAUUUCACUGUUAAUGUUUUCAAACAUUUGUAUUUUGCAUUGACUUUAUUUCAAAUAUUGUUGGAGUUUUGUGACCAAUUUUAAAUAGUCUUGUUAAUUUAAUUUUGUUUUAUAGUGGUGAUUACUUCACCUAUAAUUUUCUUCAUUAAUGGUACUUUGCUGCUAGCAAAAGGCAACAUACGUCCAUUAUAACGAGAAAAUGUUUGUUUUAAACUGAUUUUCAUGACGAUAAGGAGAUCCUUUUGAAAAAGGUUCACAUUGAAAUAGGGAGUUGCCCAAGAUUGGGCGAAUGUAUGGAAAUCUGCAAAUUGCCAAUCAAUUCAGGAGGGUUGGCAUGUUCAGCGAUAGAGAGGGAGAAGAGGGGGCAAAAUACGCAGGGUCCGGAAUGUUCGCAGUGGCUGCAUUUUCUAAAUUUAUUAGUCCAAUGAUAAGCAUGGGCCAGAACUUAAUAAGAAUCUUUGUGAAGAGAAAUUUGCGAGUGGUAGGGUAUCACGAAAACUAUAGUAGUCACCGCAAGGUUCAGGGCGUUCCCCUGGCCUUGAGUUGUUGGAACCUAUGGUAUAAAUGGGUAAUUCCAGCUAUUGAUCUAGACAAGAAGGAACGAAAUCCAACACCACACCUAGAAAGUGCAUCUUACAAUUAGUAAAAGUGCAAAGUUUGGUUGCGAAAUGUUGUAAAAUGAAGAAAAUAUAGCCCUGUGAAGUUCGCAAAUUUUGUAUAUAUUUGCAUUACGCGCGGUUAAAAUAACCACUUUCGGCUUAAAAAUGGUUAUUUUUCGGAUGAUAGGACACUUAGUUAAACGUUAGAUCCUUACUAGUUGGUCAUAACUCAUAACUGUGGUAUAUAACAGACAACUAUUCCGAUGUACGAGCAUACGAAAACCAGCCUAAAGCCUAUUAUUACUAAAGUACAAAUAAUACAAUAAUUUGUUAUUUGUUAUUUUUGUAAUUGUAACAUUGCAAAUUUUACAGAAAAUUUCUAGACUUCGACCCAGGUUCCCAGAAAGAAAAAAAAAAUUUCCACCCCUGCCUGGCACAGAUCGUUUAUAUCUUUGGUAUUAAUUCUGCAUGUUCCCUGUGGAACAUUGCAAACUUUACGAUGUUUUAUGUAUUUCUGUACAGGUGGAAACGAUAGCUGUAUCAGAAGACGGCACUCUUUUGGCUUCAGGAGGUUUGGACAAUCAGAUCGUUCUCACAGCCAUGGCAGUGCCUGUUGAUCAACUUGAAGAUAUGCCUGUUGACCUAUCUGACGAAGCAUGGACGAAAGCGAAGUCAAAAGAAAGAAAACCAUCGGAUAGUAAGUGACGUUGACAUGGUCAAUUUCUUCCCGGAGACGUAGUAAAGCACUUCACGUUUCCGGGAACGGCAAACGGCAGGUUCGAACUUUCUUGGCAAAAUUUCCGUUGAACGUUUUCGUUUCAUAUUUUCUUUCUUGCGUCGAAAGAACAAUUAUGUAUUUCAGUUUUAAUACAGCAAGUUCAUUUACUCUUUAUUUCCUGAUACCGUAAAAUUUUUCUUUGCCUGGCGUUUGCCGAAAAGAAUGUGACUAAUACUAGACGGCGUACGGGAAGCAGUUUAGACCAGAUACAUCUAUCCAAUAUAAAUAUAGUUCGGUUCAGUUUAGUUUAGUUCACGUUUCCUCCUGUAGUAACACGUACUGAAGCAAGAAAGAUAUGUCCCUUACUGGACGUGUCGAGUCUGUCGGCAGAGUACGAAUUAAUACCCGCCAACAAAUGACGAUUCGUUAUGCGAAAAAGCAGUUUUGUUGGCCAAAAAAUUAAACAACUCAGUUCUCAGUCCGUUUAAAACACUGAGCAAGCAAAACAAACACUAAAGUCUAAACAGCCAAAAAUAUAUUUCAUUGUAAAACAAACUAUGAUUUUGUCUGUGUUGGUGUUGCCCAGGCAUAUUUUUCAAGCUAGCCCGGUGUGGAUAUACACUCAGAGUAACAUCACAAACAUCAUAUUCACCUGAGUACACAAAAGGUACAUGCAGAAAAAAUUUCAUAAAACCCUUCAUUUCAACUUAAACCCAAGCUUAAACCCUUGAAGUUGAAGGCUUGAACUAUACAACAUCCUAUUUCGGUAUAAAUUAUCUUUCAAUUCAGGUUUGGACGAAUGCGACGGCCUGCCACAUCGGGACAAAAACAUUGAAAAGUUACUGGAUGCAAUUCAUCACAAGAAAGAACACUUGAUUGUCCCUCCCGUUUCGUCGGCCGCCAGUCUCGUCGAAUGCGCGCUGGAACGAAAGGAUAGCAAAAACCACACAAGUAGCUCUUCUUCGAACGAACACACGGCGAAAAAAGGCGUCAAGUUAAAAAAGAAGGGGCAAAAAAGGCAACGACCGCGAUCCUUUGUCCUUUCGAAUGGGAAUCAUACACCAAACUCUUUGCUCAAUGCAGAACUUUCCAAGAAAUUAGCGACGUUGAAAAAUACAAGAUCGGGGUCGGACCCGAUACCAGUUGACAUGGGUAAGAAUUAUCAUGCAUGCCAUGGGAGGGGGGGGGGGUGAUCCAGACCGCUCCCCCCCCCGCCCACUUUUCUCCAGGAUCAAUUUUGUAAUUCUAUCAGAACUAACUGAUAAACUGGGGGCGUAAGCUUUAAUGUUUUCAUCUAAGACGUAAAAUAUACCAAAUAUGUGGCUCUCAAAUGAUCAUAAAACGAGUCUAAAAUGCAUACAUGAAGCGUUUCGUAGACCCAAUAAAUAGAAAAAUUUUCCGGGGGAUUAUGCACACAGACCAUAGAUUAAGUAUAUACUUAAUCUGUGCACAGAGGGUCGAUUACACCCCCCCCCCAACUAAUUUUGGGCCACUGCCCGCGAAGUUUAAAUUCACUUGUUUUUACCUCACAUGAAACGUGAACCGAGCUUCCUCCCCCCCCCCAACCACCGAUUUCCGCCAUCUUUUCAGAGACUGAGUUCCUAGCUUCUGCGUUUUAUUUUAGUGAAUGGAAACAGAGAUCACAGAUCGAGAAACAAAAGCGGACAUUACGACAGGGAACGAGACGAAAUCGAGGCUAUUAGCCGAGAGAUGAAAACUCUCGCGAGGGAACUGGAAACUACAACCAAAGAUGAGACGACAUUGUAAAUUUCAUAAAGCCGGACGCACACGAUUUUCCACUGGGUGAAUUUGUUCACGCGAACAAAUUCGCCUAGUGGAAAAUGGUCUUAAUUCACGACUGAUUUAUGGUUUAGACUGAUGUUAAAACAAAAAACAGGCAGUAGUAUGGUCUGCGGGCUCGUUACUCUAGGCUCUUUUGUGUGGGUUUCGUUAAAUACCGUGCGCCCAAACCAUAAACCGGCCGAUUAAAAUUAAGCUUCGUGUUACACGCUGCGAUUUGUCUGGACGAUUUCAGAAUUACUAUUUGAAAAAAAUCAUAGUCAGACGGCAUCACAAAUCUGGUUGGCUUUAUAGAGUUUGGUUUUUGAAGGUGGAAAUAUUUUUUCCAGAAAUCACUUUUGGAUCAAUAGAGGUUUUAGUGUCUAAAGUUUUGAAAUAAACGAAAUGGCAAAAAUACAGAACCAAAAACAGUGUGUAGAAUUUUAACCCAGAGUUGGUGCUACUGUUAUCCACAUUUGACCAACCAGCCCCUAGAAGAUAUUCUCGUUAACAUUCAGCAAUACCAAAUCGUAGCGUGUAAAAUUAACUAUGCGAUCAAUGAUCAUAAUUGGCCAUUCAAUACGACAUGUUGGGGCUAUUUGUUAUUAUGUAUAAAGUAACAGAAGUAUGAAAUCGGAGUUUUUAAUAUUUCAGUAAUAUUAUAUAUUGGGCUGCCAUGACAAAUAGAGACCUCUGCCAGCAGGGAACCAUGAUGCUAUCGUUUCAGUAAGAACUAGUAUUUUCUUAUUAGUACACUCAAUGCUUGUUUUAAUUUUAAGAGAACGAAUUAGUUAGUUUUGUAUAUUUGUAAUGAUAAGUGCCACUUGAAUAAAUUUCACUCUUGUCAGCCUUC